AUGACGACGACCAGUAAUAUGGAUAAUGGAAUUGUCGAAGAUAUUGCAUGGCCCGUCAAUAUCGAAACAAUGGCACUUGAACAAAAACAAAAACAAAAAGAAGAAAAAAAGAAAAAACAUCGCAGAAUCUGCGGAUUUCCACUCUUUCCUUGCCUGUUGCUAUCGCUUUUGAGUCUACUUCUGGCCGCUCUCCUUACGUAUCUGCUCGCUCGAAAUCGUCAUUUCAUAGUAGCAGCAGCAGCAGCAGCUAAUAUGACAAAUGAUACCUAUCAGGAAACAACUUAUGAAACAACGCUAUCUACAAGUACAACACUAAACUCAACUACACCUGUUCCUUGUGGUCCAUCAUGUCUCAAGCAGUCUUGGAUUAAUGAUUCAAGUUUACUUGCUUAUUGGUCUUUUGAUGAUACAUACGAUGACAAAACUGGUAUUUAUAAUAGAACAACAUCAUCCAAUCUUCCAUCAUUGGUUACUGGUUAUCUCGGUCAAGCAGCUCUAUUCAAUGCAUCUGCCCAACAAGCACUAUACAUCUCACAUAUUCCGAUAAACUCGGUUAGUUUUACCAUUGAAGCAUGGAUUAAACCAACUGCUUAUCCAAAUCCUGCCGAUCACAGCAUAGUCGGUCUAUGUCCGUCGGAAGUUAUAGAUCAUUGUUUGCAUAUAAAUAUUCGAUACGGUGUGCUGUACUUUGGUUUCUACUAUGACGACGUUCGGGGUGGAACUUACAUUUCGCUGAAUCGAUGGAUACACGUCGCCUUUGUAUUUGAUAACACAACAAAUAUGCAAACCAUCUAUUUAAAUGGCUACCCUGAUGCAGCAAAACCAACCGUAAAUAUGCUACAAGUUUCCUCAGGUGCUUUCACCAUUGCCACUAAUGAACGUGUCAGUUACCCUAAUAACUUUUUCCAAGGUUAUAUUGAUGAACUAACAAUUACUCAGCGAGCAAAGUCUCUAUGUGAAAUAGUUGAACGAGCAACAUUAGCAGCUUACUUCAAAUUCGAUACGUCUGCACCUUAUUCUGAUUCAGGACCCAAUCGAGUAGCAACUACGUCUUCAGCGACAUCGAUUGUUGCUGGAAAUAAAAGUCAAUCCGUGUCAUUUACUGGCACGUCGUCUUCGUACUUCCAAACAUGGGGCUAUACAUCAUUUGGUAUUACUGAUCAUCCAUUUUCCAUUGCAUUAUGGAUUCAGCCGCGAACUUUAACUGGUACAUUAGUUCAUCUAUCUUCAACUGCUUCGGGUACGGGUUCGACAUGUUUUCCAUUAUUGGGAUUUUCCUCCACUGGUGCCAUUGUUGGUCAAGUUUUAACGAGUAGUAAUACAUUAGUAUCAGCGGUUGAUCUGGUUGCUGGAAAUCCAUCAUCAUGGACACUCGUUGUUCUGACAUGGAGUUCAGCAAACGGAUUGCGAUUAUAUGUUAACGACGAACUGGUCAGUUCAGCGGAAGCUUCAACGUUUUUAGCUAGUGAAACAAUACCGAAUUACUUCACAUUGGGCAAUUGUUUAUCUGGUUGCACGGCGUGUCCCAGCGGGUCAGUUAGUUCUCCUGGUCCGUUCGUAGGCUUAGUCGACGACUGGCACAUAUUUAGUAGAGAAAUAACAGCAGAUGAUGUCUGUGUUCUCUAUACUGAUACUGAUUGA